AAAUUGAACGAUUUUUAAAAUAUUUUAAUGAUCAAAUAGCACGAAUGACAAAAGUUCUUUAUCAGGAUCAACGUCAAGGAAAUCAACCACAGUUGAAUGUCAAUGACUUUGUUAAUUUAAUUGAGUAUAAAGAUCCAAAGCUUCAAGGCUUUUUUGAUGUUUUAUACAAUGCAAUGAAUCCCAAGGAAAAAAGUCAAAAGGUGCAAAAAAUCUUGAAGCAAAAAAUUAUGGUAUUUUGUUACCAAAUGGCCGAAUUAAGAAACAAGCAAGUGAGUGGUUCUAAAACCUCAAUAGGGUUAUUCUUUGCAAAAUCUGGGGCAUCAGCACAUUGUAUCAAUACAGCAGCCAGUAUGGGGUUAUGUACUAUGUAUCAAACGGCUUCUAAUAAGCUUAAUAAAAUAAGUAAUGAACAUUAUUUUAGUAUACAAAAAUAUAUUAGAAUUCAUUCUAAUAAUCUCUUGAUAGCAUGCGUAGAUGAUUAUCACAAUCUUCAUGGUACUCGUAUUCCAUCAACAACUUCCAUUAAACAAAUCGCUCACAUGGCCACCAUAUUAUUUAAUACGAUUGAAGCCUUACCCAUUCCUUAUAAUUCACCAAACAAUUUAUCUAUUCAUAACCCCCGUGAUUGUGUUGAGUCAGAAUUGAAAAAUACAAAAAAUUAUGUUGAUGCCGUAAAAAUAUUUUUAAGUUUGCUGGAGAUAAAAGAGUACUUAAUGAAUUAUGUAAUUCCUCUUCCUGCGGAUUUUUCAGGACAGUUGUUUAUAAGAAAAGCUAUUACUAUGAAAUUGAUGUUUAAUGAGUUAACAAUUUUUGAAAAAAAACAAAAGCUUGCUACAAAGCCUAGACCUUGGCGCAUUAAUCUGUUAUUAUAUUUGGCGCAUGAAGGCUGGCUUAUGAUUAAAACAUAUAUUGUUCAAAGGUUUAAAAUUUUUAAAGAUAUCGCAUAUGUUACAUUUUUUGAUUUGUUAGAUAACUUAAUUCCUGCUGUUUUGGAUGUAUAUACAUGCUUAUUUUGGGAAAAUCAUUUUGAAGAAUAUGUUAGUACGAUAUUUCGCUUAUUACGACGUCACACAAAUGCAAAAACAACAACUGGAAAAUUAUUACGACGGGAUGCUUUAUUUCUCGAUUAUUAUCGACAUGAAACUAUAUUUAUUAAUUCAUUUGAAUCACAACAUGAUUAUUCUUAUACUAAAAGAGACUUGGAUGUUUUGACAAAACCUUUGCCUCUUGGAUAUCAUUCAAAUUAUUAUCCUAAAAUUUUUAAAUUAUGCGAUUAUUCUGAGUGUGAUGAUUUAUUAUGGAAUAAUGGUCGUGUACUAAUUUGUGGUCAUGAAUUAUCACAAUCAUAUAAUGAAAGAUUACGAAUAAAAAAAGAUAUUAAUGAUUGGAUAGAUUCUAAUAAUCAAUCUGAAACUGAACCUGAUACGUUAGAAAAUAUUGAAUCUACAAAAGAAUAUGAUGAGGUUAAUAAAAAAUUACAAAGAAAGAUUGCAG